UAAAGUCCUUAUCCAUUCCCUUUCCCUCCAUUCUACCCUGCACAUCUCCACUCACCAUCUCCAGAGCCCUAAUAUGGUUCCAAAUUAGGGUUUCUGGUGUCUGUGAGCCCCGUUCCAAGCUGUGCUCUGUCACCUCACUCAAAACACUGAAGAUUCCGGCCGCCUCCAUUCAAUUUCUACCACCUCCGGUAACAUCCACUGAAAUCCAACCAUCUCCGGUGACAUACACGUGUUUGUAGGUGACCUCCACUAAAAUGCAACCACUUCGAGCUGAAAUCCGGUCACCUUUACUGAAAUCCGGCCAUCUCCACUGAAAUCCGGUCACCUCUACUGAAACCCGGCCAUCUCCACUGAAAUCCGGCCAUCUCCACUGAAAUCCGGUCACCUCUGUUGUUCCUCCGAAAAAGACAAGGGGGAAGGCCAAAAACUUAAACUCGAUGCAGAGUUGAGGAGAACGGGGCGACCUUUAACCCUUCCAAUUGAUACAGAGUGUACGUUUCAUCCGGUUGGUAAGCCAUGUGACUAUUUUACCCGCGAGGUGGGUAUAUACAUGUGGCGUAACAUUCCAUUAGAUAGAUCAGGUUGGAAGAAUGUUGAUCAGUUUGAGAAGACUUCCUUGGAUGUGCAUCUAAAGGCAAAAUUCGAUCUUGCUCAGGUUGAAAAGGAUAUCCACGCCUCUAAGAUUAAGGGUGGCAUACAACAGGUGAUCCAAAAGCGGUUCAGCGACCGUAAACACUAUGCUAAAGUUGAAUUUCUGAAUGGUGGAGGGUAUGCCGACAUAGAGGGAGCAAGGAACAAAGUCCCCGAAGAUAUGACUAAAGAAAACUGGCAUAAAGCAAUUCGUCAUUUCUUAACGCCUGAACAUAUCAAACGGUCGUUAGCUAACGCAGCAUGCCGCGGGAAACAGAGAUACGCAAACCGAGGGGGAUCAAGAUCUUAUGCUAGUACUUCUUUCAAAGAGAGUUUGCAACGACUCGAAGUGUUCCACAAAACCCAUACCGAUAAAGAUGGGAAUUUUUCCAGCUCGGUAGCCGAAGAGGAUUAUGUAAGCAUUUAUUUAAAGUGUAAUGAACUUCAAAACUUUUUGAGUUCGAGUUACCCGACAAAGUUUGGAAGCGAAGAUGUUGAUGGUGAAGAAGCGGAUGAUGGCAGCGAUGAUGACAUGGAGAUGAUUUAAAAUUAUGACAUUUUAGAUGUUAAGUAGUUUUAUGACGUAUUAGUGACUUAAAACGAAUUCGGAUUGUGACGUUUAUGUAGUUUACGCUUGUGUAGUUUAUGCUUAUGUAGUUUAUGUUUGGCUGGUUU